AUGAAUGAAGGGAAGCCAACGGAAAUAACAUGUCGUCAUCGGCAGCGACCUCUGAGUGACGCCGAGACGAUUCCGUAUCCAGUUAGUGCCAAACAACGAACGCGCCUUGCCUGUCUGAGCUUCACUUCCCCUUCCAUCCCUCACCUCUUAACACCAAGACGCGUGACGCCAAUCGUAAACUGUUGUUUCGAAAACUAUUUCGCGCGUCAAAGUGCAUACGCUAUGGCGUCAUUGCAGAACUUCGUCAAAAAUCGCAAUGGCCAAGCAGGCACUUCCCAAAACGGGCUGGGGCCAGUCAACCCUUCGCGACAAGCUGCUGCAGCGAACGCGAGGGUUCCAGUAACAAGACCUGGUGUCUCUCGGGCGCCUGUAGCUCAACACGGGCUUCCGCUUCGUGGUGAGAGUGUCAAUCAACAACAAUCUGCAUCGUUGUCACAACACUUGCAGCAACGACCAUCAGGCGAGGGUCGAAAAUGCGAUAUUUACGACACUGACGCCGAGAGCCUUAACUCCACAGCCAAUCGUUCGGUCAUACAGGUUGAAAACAGCCCUCACGGUGACCAGGAGCCGCUGCAGCUUGAGGACGAGGACACGGAGACUGAUGGCGACGGUGAAGCUUCUAGCGACGGUGAAGCUUCUAGCGAAGAUGAUUACGACGGGGAGGAGGGGUACCAAUUCAACGAAGAAAUGAAGGACUACCUUGCACGAAAUGGCAAGGGUCACGCUAGCUACAACGAGCGGGUGCAAUUUAUGCAGGAAACCCAGCCUCACCUCUUCCGCACAGUCGAGGGUGAUUCAUAUCCUACAACUACCGAGGGUAAUCUUACGGAAUUGGGAGAGAAUCAAGAGGCACAUAUCGAAGAUCUUGUUUCGCCUUCGCCCUCUCCACAACGCGGUUUUCAACAAGGUCCAAGUGCUGCGCUCUUCAAUCAUCAGCCCUUGCAGCAAGAAACAAUUUCCAAUCUGCAGCGGACCAAUUCUGGCGCACUUCAAGGUUCUAAAAUCUACAAAAUGGGUGAGCAAAUCCGUGGGCAACAACGCACUGACGGAGUUCGCGGACAGCAAGGCCAGCAGCACGACGUAGUCCAUCCACCAAUAAGCCAACUACCAUCGCAUAGCCAGGUAAAUCGCGAGCAGGGCUCUGCUACAGCUACGCAGGGUCGCCAAGAGGUAACAGUACAGGAUCGUCAAGCCGUACUUUUUCAACAAACUCCAAACCUGCCAUCGGGACCAGGACCUUUUCAAAAACCCCACCCAAAGAUUACUGAACCUACCGCUCUCUUGAAAUAUGCUUCAACGAUACGCGCCAAAGUAGUACCUACUAUCCAACAGUACAUCGAGCCUACCUCAGUGGAAGAGCCACCAGCAUCUCCAAAUGUCGAUUACAAGCCUGAGGUUCUCUUCAACUUGGACUACGAGCAGUUAGCACACGAAAAUUUCGACAAAGAUCCGCGUGCGAGUGAGCCGGUUCUACCUGAAGACAUGCUUGAGAAGUCACUGGUUGAGCGUUUGCAGUUUGUACACCGCAGCUUUGAUCCUGCGGCGCAAGCUGAGUUCUUUGGUGCGCUUUCGACCACUGAGUGGGAGGAUGCCGGUGACUGGUUUCUAGAUCAAUUCAGCAGACUCAUCAAGAUGACGAAAGACGCACGGCAGAAGAAACGCAAGGCGGCCCAAGAGCUUGAACAGGAGAUCGAGAGGCGUCACGCACAUGUUGCAAAGAAGCAAAAACUUGUCGAAGGUGCAAUGAUCAAGAUGAAGAUGCAGGGAGAGGGACUCGUACCAACGAGUCCGAGGGCAUCUAAAAGUUCUCGACCAAGGAAAACUUGA